AUGGGCUCAUAUGACGAAAGGGGCGAGCUGCCAGCGGUCGAUGUUAUUGACAUCCAAUCAGACGCCGAGAAGACAUCAUUGUCCAAAGACACGGAGGAGUCGUUGAAAGCACAGCCCCCCAGCUUCUCCUCCCUCCUGCUCUGGGAUGAACAGGGAUUGAAACGCUUCGAAGCCAUCACAUAUAUAGACGAGUACUACCCUACCAAUUGCGAAAUCGAGCUUCUUCAGCAGCACAGUCACGAAAUAGCACAGAAGAUCGAAGCCAACUCUGUCAUUGUUGAAUUGGGCAGUGGAUGUCUUCGAAAGAUCAAGAUCCUGCUCCAGGCGCUGGACGACCUCAACAAGCCUGUUGACUAUUACGCCCUGGAUCUUUCCCGUUCAGAACUGGAGCGAACACUUCAAUCUGUAUGUCCAGGCACUUUCAAACAUGUAAAAUGGCACGGCCUCCUCGGCACAUAUGACGACGGAUUGAAGUGGUUACAGAGGCCAGAAAACGCUUCCAGGCCCAGAGCUGUCCUCUCAUUGGGCUCGACUCUUGGAAGCUUUACCCGCCCCGAAGCCGCCGACUUCCUGACCGGUUUUGUCGAUGCUCUGAACCAUGGGACAUCCAGAAGCGAGCCUGUGCUCAUCAUCGGCUUGGAUGGUUGUAAGAAUGGCGACAAGGUAUGGCAUGCAUACAACGACUCAGGAAAUCGAAACGACCAAUUCAUCAGAAAUGUACUAGAUUCUGCAAAUCGCAUUCUCGGCAAGGAUAUAUUUCGUCAGGAGGAAUGGGAGAGGCGUGGAGAGUGGAACGACAACUUCGGCAGACACGAACAGUAUCUUGUCCCAAGGAGAGAUGUUGAGUUCCAAGGUCGUUACUUGAAGGCAGGGGAGAAGAUCUUUGUGGUUUCCAGCCAUAAAUACGACAGCGAAGAGCGACGACAGUUGUGGCAAGGUGCAGACCUCGCCGAACUCAAGGGAUGGAGGACACCCGAGCAAGACUAUGGUGAGUUCGGUUCCAUAAUAGAUGUCUGA